UGCGUAUCGCUGUUUCAAGUUUGGAAACGGCGUUGUCGAUUUCGGUGACCGAAUAAGCAUAUUGACAAAAAAGUCCCCCUAGAUUGACUUGGUCAACGGAGGCAAGAUGUCAGUCAUACUCAGGAGCCUCGUCCACAAUGAGGCGAUGCAAGAGGAUCCCAAAGAGAUAUAUGGAUGGAGAGUGUAUAUGCUAGCCUGCUCGGCUUGCUUCGGCGGCAUGCUUUUUGGGAUGGAGACAGGCAUCAUAGGAGGGGUCCUUACCAUGCAUCCUUUCAAAGCGAAAUAUGGCCUAGAAGGGUUGAGCAAGGUAGGAGAGGCCAAUCUCUCCGCUAACAUUGUAUCGACAUUACAGGCAGGGUGCUUCUUUGGCGCUCUCAUAGCCUCCCCAGUGGCAGAAAAAUGGGGACGGAAGACCGGGUUAAUAGCCGCCUCGAUAAUUGCCAUAAUUGGCUGUAUCAUGCAACUCGCAGCAAGCGGACACCUGGAAGCGAUGUACGUCGGACGUCUAAUUAACGGAUUUGGUGUUGGCUUCGCUUCGAUGAUCAACCCUCUCUAUGUCUCAGAGAACGCCCCAAGAGCCAUCCGUGGUGGUCUAACAGGCCUUUACCAACUAUUCAUCACUACAGGAAUUAUGCUCGCUUUCUGGAUCAAUUACGGCUCACUCCUCCAUAUUAGUGGCACAGCACAGUACAUGGUCCCGCUCGCCAUGCAAGCCCUCCCCGCCCUUCUCCUACUUGCCGGCAUGCUCCUGUGCAAUGAAUCCCCCCGCUGGCUGGCAAAACAAGAUCGCUGGGAAGACGCCCGAGCAACACUCUCCCGCGUGCGAAAUCUACCUCCAACGCAUCCCUACCUCGAGAACGAAUUCCAAGACAUCGUCAACCAACUCGAACAGGAGCGCCGGCUCAUCGCCGGCUCUGGCUUCUGGGACCUGAUGAAGGAGAUGUGGAUGAUCCCAGGGAACCGCAAGCGAGCCAUGAUCAGUAUUUUUCUUAUGGUGUGCCAGCAAAUGACAGGAACGAACGCGAUAAACUAUUACGCACCCCAGAUCUUCAAAAACCUUGGCAUCACUGGUAGCUCAACCGGUUUAUUUGCAACAGGCGUUUACGGGAUCGUGAAGAUGGUCGGCUGUGCAAUCUUCCUUGUGUUUGUUGCUGAUUCUCUGGGCCGUCGACGUUCACUCCUUUGGACAUCUGUUGCGCAAGGCCUUACAAUGCUCUAUAUUGGGUUGUACAUCCGCAUUGCCCCUCCGGUAGAAGGCGAACCCGUCAUCCCGGCUGGCUACGUCGCGCUCGUCUGUAUCUUUCUCUUCGCUGCCUGCUUCCAGUUUGGCUGGGGCCCUGUCUGCUGGAUCUAUGUUUCUGAGAUCCCGACUGCCCGGUUGAGGGGUCUGAACGUUGCCUUCGCAGCUGCGACUCAGUGGUUGUUCAACUUUGUCGUCGCUCGAGCUGUUCCUAAUAUGCUGGCGACGGUCGGCGCUAAUGGCUAUGGAACAUAUAUCAUUUUCUCCUGUUUCUGUUUGUCAAUGAGCGUCUUUGUCUGGUUCUUCAUCCCUGAAACGAAAGGUCUUUCGCUGGAGAAAAUGGACGAGCUUUUCGGUGUCGCAAAUGCUACUCAUCAGAAGACUCAGGAUGAAGAGAGAGGUACAACCCAUGUGGAGGGAGACAAGAAGAGUGAAGCUGCUGCAGAAACUAGGAUGGAAAGGGCGUAAUGUUCUUACUCUUUUCAAGUCCUUUCCCUUGCAUGCUUUAUGAUUCCUUGGUGAUGUUGCGCAUGUGGUCAGGUCACUUGGUAAUUGGAGAUCUAUCUAUCAAAUGACAUGAAGCUCAGCAAUGUUCUGUCCAGUAUCAGUCUCGCUAUGUUGUUAAGUCGUAAGUCGUAUAUUCCCGCUAUGUACAUGAUAAACAGCUUUCUAACACGGUAGUGACA